GCGGCUGUAACUCUGCGUCCAUCGAAUGUCCGUGCACUUUCGGCGCUAAGGUCGGCGGCCAAGAUGUCUUGAUCGACUACUUAUUGUCGCUCCUCGCACCUACUGUGCGCUACAUCGACCCACUUUCCGUUUACAAUGUCUGCCACGCACAUUCUCAUCACAGGCGCGAACCAAGGCUUGGGCCACACUGUUGCUCAGCAGCUUCUCGCUCGCGAGGCCACGCUGCCAAAUCACCCACCUUCGGUUCACAUCUAUGUCGGGGCACGAUCGCAGGAGAAGGCUGACAAGGCCUGCUCAGACCUCAAAAAGUAUGCGGCUGAGGGCAAUACGCUCGAGCCCGUCAUCAUCGACCUUGCAAGCGAUGCUUCCAUUGAGGCACUAGGCAACAAGAUUGAAAAGCUCGACAUCCUCAUCAACAACGGCGCCAUUCUCGGCGAUAUGCAGGAGUCGACGUCGCCUGCUGCCGUCCGCAAGAAUUUUGCCAACGUCUACGAGACCAACGUAUUUGGCACUGCAGCUCUGACCUAUGCCCUCAUUGAGACCAUUCGAAAGUCAAAGGAGCCCAGGGUUGUCAACGUGAGCUCCGGCUUGGGUUCAAUCCAGAACCAGCUUGACCCCAACUGGGCCUUUCACGGCAUGACCGCCCUUGUCUACCCUUCGAGCAAGACAGCUCUCAAUGGGGUGACAGCCAUCAUGUCAAAGCAGUAUCCCGACGUCAAAUUCGUUGCGGUCGACCCAGGCUACACGAGCACGGCCUUCAAUGGUCAUUCUGGACACCAACCCGUCGAAGUAGGCGCUCACGCUAUCUCGCACGCCGUUCUCGAUCCCAAAGCCAAGACUGCCAGCUACGUCGAGAAGGAGGGUGUAGUGCUGCCGUGGUAGAUUCAUGCGAUAGAGCUGGAAAUUGAGUCUCAUUCACGGGUUGACCAUUGAAAGCGUGGAGAGAUAUCGUCGAGACAGGAACUUUCAUUCGAGAAGUUGAGCUAGAAAAACGCAUCAGCCUACAGGUGUGUGGAA